AUGUGUGCAUAUAUAUUUCACUUUAGUAAAUUCUAUCUAUCUAUCUAUCUAUCUAUCUAUCUAUCUAUCUAUCUAUCUAUCUGUCUUUCUGUUUCUUUCUUAGCUCUCACUCACUCUUCUCUUCGUUCCUUUAACCCCGUCUGUAUGCCUGUCUCCCUUAUCCCUUCUUUUCUCUUUUCUCCUUUCAUGCGAGAGAGAAUAAGAGCUCAUCUCCACACUCUCUACUCUUCUUCCACGCCCUCGUUUUCCCUCUAUUCUAUCUCCAUUCUCUUUCGCCUUCUGUCUCUUUCUUUCUCUCAGCCUUCAUUCACUCCUUUUUCGCUUCCUUCUCAUUCUCUCCCUCCAUCUAAUUUCACAAAGAGUUUUUUUCCUUUAAAAUUCGUCUUUUUAUUUUUGUUUGUUUCUUACUUUGUUUGUUUGAUUCUUCUUUCUUUCUUUCUUUCUUUCUUUCUUUCUUUAUUUCUUUCUUUCUUUCUUUCUUUCUUUCUUUUCUUGUUUCUUUCUUUACUGUUUCCUUUUGGUUCUUAUUACACCAGUUCUUUCUUUCUUUCUUUCUUUCUUUCUUUCUUUCUUUCUUUCUUUCUUUCUUUCUUUCUUUUGUUUUUUUUAUUACACCCGUUCUUUCUUUCUUUCUUUCUUUCUUUCUUUCUUUCUUUCUUUCUUUCUUUCUUGUUUCCUUUUGGUUUUUAUUACACCUGUUCCUUCCUUCUUUCUUUCUUUCUUUCUUUCUUUCUUUCUUUCUUUCUUUCUUUUCUUUCUUUCUUUCUUUCUUUCUUUUGA